GAUCCUCUCUGGUUAUACUCUGGUUCAGCUAUAAAAAACAGGCCUAUUGUAAGCUGGGCCAAGAUUAUCCCUGUACAGUUGUGGACACAUCGGUUGCGACUUUUUUUUAUAGGGAACUAGGAAUCAGGGCCCUUAUAAGUAAAAGAAGAAGACAUCUCCUUAUUCAUGAAGCAAGCAUAAUAAAAUUUCAUAAACAAAUGGAAAACGAAGAAAUACAAUUGCGUGAGUUGAAAAAAGAACUCUUAAAAAAGGUGACUUAUUUAAGAGACAAGUUGAAGGAUCAAGAAGAAAACAGACAUCAAAAAUUAAUCAAUUUCAAUACCACACUAUCUUCCGAUGAUGAAGAUUACGAGCUGUCAGAAUUUCCAUCUAUCAAGUAUAAAGCUAAAUUGUGUGAAAUUACGGGUCAAGUAACAGGAAUAACAUUCAAAAAUGUUGAUAAAAAAUGGUUACGCGAUGAUGUUUAUAUGUACUUUGCUAAAGUAGUAACAAAAACAAUUUCCUUUGAUGUGAGAUUAACAGUAACUUUUAAGAAUUUAAAUGAUUUUAAAAUCAAGGACAUAAUGUGCUACUUUAUAGAUGUCCAAGAUUGUUAUAUGUUGGAAAUAACUUCUUGGUUCCAGAAAAUUACAAAGAUGAAAAAUUUUUCUCUUCUUAUGUCUGCACUUUCUGAUUACAAUGAAAACAAUAUCCUUAGAUCUAAGAUUCUACACAGUUUAGAAUUAAAGAAAUAUGCAAGCACUGAGUUAUGUACUCAGGAAAAUGGAGGCAUAUUAGUGUAUAUACAUUCACCCAUAGAUACAGAGAAAAGUUAUGUGAUAUUUCAAUGGACAAUGACAUUUUUGGACCUAACAUGGCAAAUUGAGCAUUUUUUUACAGUAAAAUCAACAAACACAGGAAUGGAAUUUUCCGAAGAAAAUCGUUCUCUAUUAAAAGAAUUUUGUAAGAUUGGUUUGACAAAAAACGAUCUUAUGGAACUGUGGGAAAAAUUAUGCAUUGCUGUUGACGAGUAUAUGAGAAAAAAUACCUAACAAAACUGAUUUUCUUGAAUUACGAGAAUAUUAAUGAUUAUUGAUAAAUUAAUUAUUAUAAUAUUUAUUUAAAUAUAAAAGCACUCAAUUACAUUAACAUGUAACGAAUUUCACUACGAAACAUAUUUGACGCUUAUUUGUAAGAUAUAUUUUGUAAUGCAGAUUAGACAAUUAUAUUAAUAAAUAUUUUUAUAUAAUAGAUUAAAA